AGUGCGGGGGCGCGGGGCCGGCCCCGGGAGGGUGCGGGCGGAAGUGCCCAGCGCGGGGCGGAAGCGGAGAUGUUGGCGGCGUGAGGCUCAGGACUGUACGUCAGAGGAAGCCAAAAGCCAGCUGGGAUAGUUCCUGAAUACAGUCUUAAUCUUGUUUGCAAUUAUUUCGAAGGGGAGAAAUAAUCUGGAUCAGAAUUAAGAUGCUUUUGUUUCAAGGAAAUAGCAUGCAACUUGCCAGAUCCUCCUUUGGACUCUUCUUGAGAAACUUCUCUGCCUCUAAGACAGCUCUGCCUGUGCUGACCUUAUUCACAAAGGACCCAUGCCCACUUUGUGAUGAAGCCAAGGAAGCACUCAAGCCUUAUAAACACAGGUUUAUUUUACAGGAGGUAAACAUCACACUUCCAGAAAACUCUGCCUGGUAUGAAAGAGAAGCACUUCAUAUUCACUGGACAAUGCCGUUUAUAGGAAGAAGGCUCUGCAUUUCUGCUGCUGCCCCGGAGGGCUUAAGUUUUUAAUGAAAGAAUAAAUGCUCUUCCACUCAGUAGAUAAAGUGAAAUGUGAAUUGUUAAUAACUGUGCAUGGUCAAUAAAAAGAUGUUGUAAGGAAUACAUCUGCAUGAAGCCUAUUCAGUCGGAUUUAAUAAUACCUGUUUAAAAUUAGUUCAUUUUUGUUGAGUAGAAGAGAAUUAUUAUUCUAGCCAAAGAGGCAUCAUUUGAGAAAAACAAAAGAAAGACUUAAACCCUUAAAAUGUAUAUUAAAAUCUGAAUAUUCUCUACAUAGUCAUUGAAUUGAUUUGUAAUAUUUGAGGACUGGCUUUGAUAGUUAUUCAGUUACCAUCGAUUGAGUUAGUUAAACUUAUUUUAAGACAAUAGGUUUUUUAAAAUCAGAUUUCAAUAUCUUGGAAAAAAUUCACUCCUAAAUGUGUCAUCUAAAGAUAAGUACUCUUUGCCAUUCUAUGUAAAGAGUUAGAAAUGUAUUUGCAUACCCUUAUUUAUAUUUAGUCAGAUUCAGCCAGUGUAGAAAUGGAUUCAGUUGAAAAGAAAACUGCGUUUCCUCUUAAAAUCUUACCACUGCAGUUGUAUGUAUAAUGAAAUUAUUUUUUAAACUAUUUGAAUGAAUUUGGAUAUUGUGAGUCACUAGAUUUUAAUUUGAUCAUUAUGAUUCACUCUCAGUGUAGAAUAUUAGAACUAGCUGACCUUAGACAUUGUCUACUCCCACUCUCCCAUUUUAUAUAUGAGGAGGAAUCUGAAAUUCAGAGGAUAUUAGGGACUUAACCCAAUGUCACACAGCUAGUCAGCUGUCAGGCCAGGUCUUGCCCCACAGCCCCAGAUUUCCAGUGCUCUGCGUACUCGUUGCAGGGGCUAUUAUCUCACAUACAGCAUCCCCAAACAUUCUGGAUCCAACACAAAUUUGGAAGCACCUUAAAAAACCUUUUAAGCUGAGUACAGCAGUACAUGCCUAUAGUCUCAGCUACUUGAAAAGAUGAGGCAGAAGAGCACUGGAGUUUGAGUCCAGCCUUGGAAAUAUAGUGAGAUUGUGUGUCUUUAAAAAAAAAAGAAGAAGGAGAAAAUAAAAUCUUAGCAAUUAAAUAGCAGUGUUUAUAAUUUACAAAUUUCUGGAACAUUCAUUUGACAUAAAUAUUGAACCCUGGGGUAGGCAGCAUUCUAGGAUGACCCCAAUGACCCCCACUCUUGGAUAAUUCCCUGUCCCUUAGAGUAUGGGUGGAAAUAAUCACUGCUGUGAUUAUGUUACAUUAUAUGUCGGAAGGGAAAUUAUCUUGGGUGGGCCUGACCUAACUGGGUGAGCCCUUUAAAACCAGAGAAUUCUCUCUGGUUAGGUAUAAAGAGGAAAGUAGAAAGAUGUGCUCUAGCGAGCCUGGAAGAAAACAAGCGUCAUAUGGAUUACCUAGUGGAGCCACAUGGCAAAAAACUGGGUAGUCUCUAGGAACCGAGUAGUCCUCGGCCAAAAACUAGGAGGAAGGUGGGGCAUCAGUUCUGUAGCUUCAAGAAAAUUAAUUCUGCCAAUAACCAGUGAGCUUAGAAGAGGAUCCACAAUGAUAGAUGAGAACUGCAGCCUUGAGCAACAUCUUGAUUUCAGCUCAGUGAGACUUUAAUCCAAGAAUGCAGCCACACCAAGCCUAGACUUCUGGUUUACAGAAACUGAGAGACAAUAAAUGUGUAUUGUUUUAAACUGCUAAAUGUAUGAUAAUUUGUUACAUAGCAGCAGAGAAUGAAUACAAGUCCUUGCAGCAGUGAAACAUAGUAGUAGGUGGUGGGAUUAUACAAAUGAAUAAAUCAUAGUCCUUGUCUUUGAGAUACUCACUGUCUGUUAAGGUGCAAGGAGAGACAAGUGAAUAAAGCACAGCAUAGUGCAGUGAGGGCUGGAAAUGACACGUGUAAAAUUGUACCAGGUGGGGAAAGUAGCAGAAAUGAUUCACAGAAACUUAGACUUAAGCUAGGUCUUGAUGGCUGAAUAGAAGCAAUGGAUGAGGAUUGGGAGUGCGGAGGGUAUUCUAUAAGGGAACCGUAUAUGUAAAAUAUGAGGGUGUGAAAGGACACAGAUAUUCAGGAAAUGGCAGGUGGCUUUGUGUGGCUGGAGUAAAGGGAAGGAGAGUGAAGGAGAUGAGACUGGCAAGAUAUAUUUGGAUCCACAUUGUGAAGGCCUUAGCUAAUGUGCAUUUGCCCCAGCAGCAGUAGCCUCCCAUGCUUUCUGCCUUUAUCCAUAAUCUGUCCUUCUGGCUCCUGAUUAUUCAGGGAUGUCUGGCCUGAGUAGAUACCUAGAAACAUGGCAUCUAAAAAGUGAUUUGAUUAUCCCACUGUUGACAAGUAUCAGACUGUUUUAUGUCACCUAUGACUGUCAUUACCCCAGCCUAUUGCAGUCCUUCUUCCUGUCCUUAAGCAUACUGAGCUAGAGUCCUUUCUAGUAGUCCCGCAGGACAUUCCCACUCUCAAUACAACUAGGGAUGCUAUAGACAAGAUUCUCCACUGUGUGUCUGGGUGUCCUGUGUUCAUUUGUGUCUUCUCCAGGCAGAGUGAGGGUUGUGUAGCCCCUAGGUCCUAGGUUGUUAAUCCUUCUCCUGGACCACCAGUUGGAAAGGUUCUCAGAGUUUCUUUCAGUGUCUGCUCAGCUAAGAUAGAGAAAAUCCAUUGUUUCCCUUCAAAAAGCAUAGCUGGCCAGAAAGCCUAGACAUUUGUUCUUUUGGAGCACUCCUUACCUGAGUAUGACCGUGUGGUUGUGGUGUACAGGAAAUGCAGAGACUAAAGGUGAAACAGUACUUCAACAACAAAUUUCUGACACUAGAAUAUCAAACAUGAUAUAGGAUGUUCGAACCAAAGUAUUGGCUAAGGCACUAAGAAACAAUAGAUGCUACAUUUCAAGGAAAUGCUAGAUCACAUGGAGGAUUAUUAGGGACCUGAAAGAGAGGAUCUUUGGAGGAGUUUUUUUUAAAAAGAAGGUGUGUUCUCACUUAUUUUCUACCAAAGUGAAAAAAAGGUUGGGAAUCGCCUCAUAUGAAGAGGGAGGGACAUAAGUUGGACUCACUGGAAAGCAAAUAUAUGUCCUUGGGUAGGAAGAACAUAAUGGUCUAACUCUCCUGGGAAAUCAGACAAGAGAUAGGUUAGCAAACAGCUUUGGCUGUACAGUGAAGGCAGCUGAUGCUGUUUCUCUGAGUUUGUCCCAGGGAAGUGUGUGUGUGUGUGUGUGUGUGUGUGUGUGUGUGUGUCCCCUCAUGGACCAGAUAUGAACCAAAUGUGAGAGGGGACUGGUAUGAGGGCACCUUCGUUGCAUGCAGGCCUUAGAAGGGGAGACCCAUAUGGGAACACUGGGUUCCUAGGGGCUGAGGGGUCUGCUUAAAUGGAGAACCCAUUUGCCCAAAUCAGGGAACUGCAGGCAAGACAUCGCCAGUAUUGGGUUCAGUCUCCCAAGAACCCACAACAGCCUCUACCAAGUGUGGUCUGCUUUAACUGUUUAUCAGGUCCAGAAAGUAGGCCAGUGUACAACUCCACCACUGAAAAUAGAACAUUCUCACCCCUCUCCACUUCUCUCUUCUCCCAUAGCAACCCUAGAAGGAUCAAGAAGCUACCAGGAGCAAGGAGAGGAAGACACUCCCCUUCCUAAGCUACCCACCUGUACAUGGCUUCUCAGUAGGGAAAAAGUUGCAACUUAACUUUAAACCAAGUUCCAAGUUUUGAUUAUAGGUCUAAAUAUAGGUAUCCUAUAUUUAGAGUAUUGGUUAUAUAUACUUAAUGUUGGUUUUAAC